AUGUUACAAUGCCACAGGUUUAAUUUUUUACCUGCAAUUUUUCGACAAGUCCAGGUAAUGAGAUUUGCGGUUGAAGAAAUCAACAACUCCACCACCCUGCUGCCUAAUGUGAGGCUUGGCUAUGAGAUUUUCGAUUACUGCUCAGAUACCCGCAACUUCAAUUCUGUUCUUGACUUCCUGGUGGAAAACGGAUCGGUUCCAGUCAAAAACAGCAGUAUCUACGAACCAAAAAUCAUAUCUGUAACUGGACCAUUUGGUAGCACAGAAACUAUGACUGUUGCACCACUUUUCAUGUCUAACCUUAUUCCCAUGGUAUGUCAUGGAGCCACCAGUUCACAGCUGAGCAACAAAAAAAGGUUUCCUUCCCUUUUCCGAACUGUUCCAAGCGACAAGUUCCAAGUGCAAGCCCUCAUACGUGUCCUGCUGGAGUUUGGGUGGAACUGGGUAGCGUUUAUUGGCGGCGAUGAUGAUUACAGUCGGGAUGCCCUUCAAGAAUUUACAGAAGAAAUCAGAUCCGUCGACAUUUGCUUGGCCUAUCAGGAAACCAUCACAAAAAACAUUUCAAAAAUUCCAGCCAUGUUUGAUAAGCUGUCAGAUUUGAACAUCAGCGUUGUUUUGGUAUUCGCUAACCAGGAGUAUGCAGUCCCUUUCAUCGAAAAAGCUAUUGAACGGAAGGUGCAGAAAAUGUGGAUUGCCAGCGAGACAUGGUCUAUUAACCAGAAACUGAUGAAGACCAAAGGCAUUGAGGCUAUAGGCACCGUUUUGGGAAUUACAAUCGGAGGAAUCAAGACCUUACAAGGGUUCAAGCAGUUUGUCAUGCACUCGAUGGUCCACGAGAAAAGGGCCACAUAUCGCAAUGCGUCUCUGGCUGGCCUAGAAGACACGUGCAACCAGGAAUGUUCCGAGUGCCACACAGCAGACCCAAAGAAAAUCCUCAACGAAGACGCAACCUACAGUUUCACCAUUUACUCUGCGGCAUACGCUGUAGCACAUGCGCUGCAUGAAGUCCUGCAGUGUGGAUCACAAGGUUGCAACCGCUCAAAACAAGUCUAUCCAUAUAUGGUUCCAGAGCUGAGGUGUUCACCCGAGUGUCAAAAGGGUUAUAAAAGGGUUCGAAGAGGAUACCAUAUCUGCUGUUUUGACUGCCAUAUGUGCGCAGAGGGAACAUACAUCAAUUACACAGCUGAUCCCACCAAGUGCAGUGAGUGCAGAAGGGAGGAGUGGUCGACGAACGGGAGCGUGAGCUGCACGCAGCGCACUCUGGAGCACCUGGAGCACAGCGAGCUGGUGGCCAUCGGGGUCCUGUUCUCCGCCGCCCUCACCCUGCUGUCCUCGCUGGCCGUGGCGGUGCUCUUCGCCUGCAAGUACGACACCCCCGUGGUGCGGUCGGCGGGGGGCGGCAUGUGCUUCUUCAUGCUGGCCUGCCUCUGCAUGUGCGCCGUCAGCGUGUUCUUCUACGUGGGCCACCCGGGCCCCGUGCACUGCGUCCUCCGCAACCCCGCCUUCGCCGUCUUCUACACCGGCUGCAUGUCCUGCCUGGCCAUCCGCUCCUUCCAGAUCGUCUGCGUCUUCAAAAUGGCCUCCAGGCUCCCCAGGGCGUACGACUACUGGGUGAAGCACAACGGGCAGUGGGCCUCUGUGGGCGCCUCCGUGGCCAUCCAGCUGUUCCUCUGCGGGCUGUGGAUGGGCGUCGACGGACCCCAGCCCAUCACCUACACCAUGGGCAGAGUGAUGGUGUUCGACUGCUCCCUGGGGAACCAUUACAUCUUCUUCAGCGUCCUGGUGUUCCAGGGAAUGCUGAGCGUAGCGGGCUUCAUGUUCGCCUACAUGGGCACCGACCUACCCAAGAACUACAACGAGGGCAAGUCCAUAACAUUCAGCUUGCUGAUAUUUUAUAUCUCCUGGGCCAUGUAUCUGACGGCACACCUGACUCUCAAAGGGAAAUACCUUCCAGCUGUGAACGCCUUCUCCGUCCUCAGUACGCUGCUGGGGAUCCUCCUGGGCUACUUCUUCCCCAAGUGUUACAUAAUCAUUUUAAAGCCCCAAAACAAUACGACCGCCUACUUCCAGACUGCUAUCCAGAGCUACACCAUUCACAGCACAUGA